GUGAAAUGGAUGCAUCAUCUAAAAGAUGCGAUCGUUUUCCUUCUUUUCCCUCUUCUGUCUUCUCUCCCUGGUAGCGGCAGUCGACUGGUACACAGUCGAAUGGGACGCUACUACCUUCAUGGCCAUGUCCGGUGACAUGCUCGUUCCCGACCUGCCGACGCCCGGAGGUACACCCUACGUCUGGCCAGGCUUACAGUCCGACAACGGCGUCCUUCAAGCUGUCCUCGAUGGCCGCAGUGGGACAUGGUGGAUUGGCGACGGGUUCUAUGGCACACCUUCACUCGCCUGGGGUAAUGGAUUCAAUGUGUACCCCGGGGAUACAGUGCACUUUGAGUUUAAUGUUAGCGGGACCGAAUGGACGUGUACCCUUUCAUCUGGCUCUAGCUCCGCGUCGACGGUACUUGAUGUCACAGGAAAUACCAUGAAUCGUGCUAUAUUUGCUGUCGAAUUGUACGAUGUUGCUUUUGAUUUUGGUCCGAUCAUCUAUAGCAAUGUCGAGAUUACUGCGACAACAGCCGCAUCGGGCUGGUGCGGGUCAUGGCCGCAUCUUGGAAGCUAUCCCUUCACGGUCACGAGUGCUACAGCAUCUGGAAAUACAUGCAGUAUCACAAGUAUUGAGCAAGACAGUGCCUCGUAAAUCAAAUUUCUAUGCAAUACAAUUUGACUGCCUUCUGUGGACUCAUGUAUAUGAUGGCAAUUCAAGUAAACCAUAAGAAUCUGUAUAUUACAAACCGUGAAUUGUAUUCUGCAUGCGAC